AAAAUAUUAAAAUUUAAUUAAGCAAAAUAUAACCAAAAACCCUAUCCCUCUGUUUGCCUAGUAAGACGAAACCCCUAUUCCAUUUUAAUUCCAUCCCCAAAAAAAACCCUAAUUUUCUCUCACUCACAUUCGAUCUUGUUCAAUUUAUCAUCUGUGACGCAAAUAAUCGAAGCUUGAUUUCGAUUCGGCGUUUCCUGAUUCGGAAUUUGCUCUUAAAAACAAGAGGAAUAGUAGAUUUAUGUCUUCUCAGUCUAUACUUGAAUCACUGAUUGAGGCUCUGUUGAAGAACCUCUGGAUUUUCUCUAUUUCUUCUCUUCUGCUUACUUUUUCUGUGUUCUAUUCCGUUCUCUAUAUGCUCUUUGUCAUCAAGAGCAAAUUUUCAAUGCGAUUGAGGCCAAAAAGGACUUGUUACCGAGUUGUGUGUUUUGGAGGAUUUCUUAUGCAAAAAGUUUGUAAUCUCUUUUUGUUCUUAAGAGUGGAUCUAACUUGAGAGAGUGAGAGAUUUUGUCACCAUUUUUGCCUUUAAUUCAUUUUCUUUAAUUUCAUUUCCAUUUUCUAAAAAUUUUGUGGGGAUUCUGAAGGGGCUUUUGAAGGGUUUUUCUCAAACUAUUUUUCAUUAUCCAUCAUGUCUGGUUCUAGAAAAUCUAGAGCCAGACAAAGGCCUAACCCUUUGAAACAAUCCAAAUUGAUCACAAGGAAAUUGCAGCUUGUUUACGAUGAUCCCGACGCAACUGAUUUAUCUGAAGAUGAGUCACAACAACCACGAACCACGACAAAAAGAAGUUUCGUUGAGGUCCCUCUCCCUCUUCAUGUACCUGCAUCAGUGUCUUUGGCUUCUCAGAACAGCUUCUCUCUGAAGCAAAAGACUGUAACAAGGAGAAAUACAUGUCUUUCAGCACAACCUCGAACCAAUAAGAAGGUUGUUCCAACAACAACUUCUCCAACAACCGGGAGACGACGAUCUUGUGCCAUAUACCCUGGUGUUCGUAUGAGGAAAUGGGGCAAAUGGGCCGCUGAAAUCCGCGAUCCUUUCAAGAAUGCUAGAAUCUGGUUGGGAACUUUCAAUAGUGCUGAAGAAGCUUCUCAAGCUUAUGAAUCCAAAAAGCUUCAAUUUGAACUUAAAUCUCAUGCAAUGGAGGUAGAAACAUACAUAAAAAAGGGUUCCGCUUCUGCUGCCCCACCAGUUGCUGCAUUGAACAAAAACUAUUCAGCAGAUGCUCAUGCUGCUAAUGCUUCUGUGUCAGAGAAAUUCUCAACUGCCGAAGACUCUGAGAAUUUGUUCUCACACACAUCACCUUCUUCCGUGCUUGAGUUGGAUACCUUAACAUCCAAUUCAAUUGAGACUGAAGCUGCUGCUGUCACUGCUGUCAAUGAAGCAAGUGAAAUGGUCUCUUGUCAACUUGAAGAGCUAGAAAUUCCAGAUAUGAGCGUUUUAAACUUGCCUGAGCCAAUUACUGCUGAGAAUCCAACUGGAACUGAUCCCAAUUUUGGUUUUGGAUUUGAUUUUGAUCGGUUUAACAUCGACGAUUUUGGACCGGAUUUUGAUGAAUUUGGUGACUACGGUGACUUAGUUGACUUCAUGGAUAUUCAAAUACAUGGUUUUGAUGACAAUGAACCAAGUGAGCUUCCUGAUUUUGAUUUUGGUGAUAUCGGUGAUGAUGAUGAAUUUGCUGGUUGGAUUGAGGAAUCCCUUCAACACAAUAUAGCUUGUGUGUAAGUUUUGUAGUCUCUUAGGAGUGAGACUAUGAAGUAGUAGUACUACGAUAUUCUAGAUUAUGUUAAUGCUUAUGCAGUUUUGCGAGAUAAUAGGAGGAGAUGCAAUUUCAAAUUUUGGUUGAGAGUUAGUCUAAUAUCAUUUUAAGUUUAUAUUUUGUUUACUGAGUUGUAAUAUUUAGUUGAAUGUCAUAGAGAAUCCUUUGGUUUUCUUGUGCUAUUAGAGCCGUCCGAAGGGUUUUUGAACUUUCCUAUAUUGCUUGGAGUAUUGUAAUUUGAAAGUUAUAUUGCUGCAUAUGGAUGAACCGUCUAAUAUUUUGGAUGCA